GCAGACUCGUCUCUGUGUUUCCGUGUUAGCUAGGCUGGCUAACAGUAGCCUAGCUAGCUGGCAGCCGUCAGCGGAGCUUUUACAAUCGACUCCGACUGGAUACAUGCAAUAUCGAUGGAUACAAAUAGAUUUUCGACAAUAAUUCAUUAGUGUGCAUAUGCUUGAACUGUGUACACGUUAAUUGUACUGUCGAGAGUGCAGUGACAACACAAUCCGUAACAUGCGAGCAAGAUUAAGAAAAAGAUAUUAGCCAAAUUUGCGUCUUUAACUAACAUCUAGCUAGGAAGUGCACUAUCCAAUUUAUGGUGGCUUUGUUGAUCCAUUUAGUGUGUUUCGUCCUCGUCUGUAUUGAGGGAAAAUGAAGAAGUUCAAUAUUAGAAAAGUGCUGGACGGCUUGGCUGCUUCUUCAUUUUCCUCUGCAUCUCCACAACCGGGAACUAGUCAAAACGAUGUGAUCCAAGAGACACUACAGUCGGAGCAUUUUCAGCUCUGCAAGACUGUGCGCCAUGGCUUCCCUUACCAACCCUCCUCCAUGGCCUUUGACCCUGUGCAGAAGAUUCUGGCUGUCGGGACUCAGAGCGGAGCUGUGAGACUUUUUGGCCGUGCGGGUGUGGAGUGUUACUGUCAACAUGAGAGUGGUGCAGCUGUCAUUCAGCUCCAGUUCCUGGUCAACGAGGGGGCGCUAGUCAGUGCCUUAGCUGAUGACAGCGUUCAUCUGUGGAACCUGAGGCAGAAGCAGCCAGCUAUCCUACACACUCUCAAAUUCAACAGGGAGAGGAUCACCUUUUGUCACCUGCCCUUCCAGAGUAAAUGGCUGUACAUUGGCACAGAGAAAGGAAACAUCCACAUCGUCAACGUUGAGUCCUUCACACUCUCAGGCUACGUUAUCAUGUGGAACAAAGCCAUCGAACUGUCCUCCAAGUCACACCCUGGGCCUGUGGUCCACAUCAGCGAUAACCCUAUGGACGAGGGAAAGAUUUUGAUUGGAUUUGAAUGUGGGACUGUUGUGUUGUGGGACCUGAAAUGCAAAAAAGCUGACUACCGCUACAGUUAUGAUGAGGCUAUCCACUCGGUAGCCUGGCACCACGAGGGCAAACAGUUCACCUGCAGCCACUCAGAUGGAACUCUGACUACAUGGAACGUACGCGUCCCUGCCAAGCCUACAAUCACCAUCACACCACACGGUAAGCAGCCCAAGGAUGGAAAGAAGCCAGAACCGUGUAAACCUAUCCUUAAAGUGGAGUUCAAAACGACAAGAGCUGGGGACGCCUUUGUGGUCAUGUCUGGAGGCCUGUCCUAUGACACAGGGUGCAGGAGAGCCUGUCUGACGGUGAUGCAUGGGAAGAGUACUGCCCUCCUGGAGAUGAACUAUCCCAUCGUAGACUUCCUCACGCUCUGCGAAACACCAUAUCCAAAUGAUUUCCAGGAUCCUUAUGCCGUAGUUGUCCUUUUGGAAAAGGAUUUAGUUGUCAUCGACCUUAGACAAAUUGGAUACCCAAUAUUUGAGAACCCGUACUCUUUGUCGAUCCACAAGUCUCCAGUGACGUGUGUAGAAUAUUUUGCUGACUGCCCUCCUGAAGUCAUACCUGCACUUUACUCUGUUGGCUCCUGGCAAAAGAGACCGGGUUACAGUAAGAAGGAAUGGCCCAUAAGUGGUGGUAACUGGGGCCAAGGCACACUAAGCUACCCUGAGAUCAUCGUCACUGGACAUGCUGAUGGCUCAAUCAAGUUUUGGGAUGCUUCUGCAAUAAUGCUCCAAGUACUGUACAAGCUGAAGACUGCCAAGGUGUUUGAGAAGGCUCUAAAGGAUGGUAAGGAGGAGAAGCCGAGCACGGAGAUAGUGGACGAGGAUCCCUACGCCAUCCAGACCUUGUCGUGGUGCCCAGAGAGCAGGAUGCUGUGUGUGGCUGGAGUCUCUGCCCACGUCAUCAUCUAUAGGUUCAGCAAACAGGAAAUAACCACUGAGGUGGUGCAGCUGUUGGAGGUGCGUAUGCAGUGUGAGCUGGAUGAUGUGGAUUCUCCAGACACCGCAGGAGAGCAUCCUCUCACCCCAUCUACCCCAGUGCACUCCUCCUGCCCAAACCAGGAGGGAGACCCCCCUGAGACCCAGCCCUCCACAACUGAUGAUGGGCCCCGGGAUAAUGUACCAUGCCUCAAGGUCCGGAGCUCCCCUCUGAAGCAGUCUCCUGGUUACCAGGUGGAGCUGGUCAUUCAGCUGGUCUGGGUUAGUGGGGAGCCGCCUCAGCAGAUCACCAGCCUGGCUGUCAACUCCUCAUACGGACUUGUGGUGUUUGGCAACAGCAAUGGUCUGGCUGUAGUGGACUACCUUCAGAAGACCCUCGUCCUGAACAUGGGCACGUCAGAGCUGUACAGUCCCUCAGACCCCUACCAGAGACAGCCUCGGUCGCCUCGCAAGAAACCACAGCCGUCUGGAGCUCUCAGUGAUAACAACAAUGGAAACAACGCUUUAGAAGAGAAAAGCAACAAAUCACCAACGUCAGUAGGCUCUACGUCACCCACCAAUUCAGACGAUGAACACAAACAGGAAAGGUUCAUACAGAAGGUGAAGUCCAAAAGCAGACGGUUUUCCAAGAUGGUUGCCAAUGACUUUGCCAAGAUGUCAAGGAAAAUAUGCUCGCCUACAGAGCAAAAGACAGACCUGGAGAAGAGGGUGCGACGCCAGCGCUCUCUCCCAUAUAAGAAGCGCUUUUGUUGUGUGAAGGAGGGCAAGGAGCCCAGGAAGUCUCUCUCCCAACAAAGGACUCUCUCAGUCCCUUACCUCAAUUCCAAGGACAGUUUGUUCAGCUGCUCGAGGAGCUCCAGUGUGACCAGUAUAGAGCUGGAGUCCCGCGAGGCCAUCUCCUCCUUCCACUUCAGUGAGAGUUUCCCCAGGAAGACAGACAGCAGUGGCAGUCCCAGCCUGUGGGUGGGCACUACCCAGGGCACUGUUCUGGUUCUGGCCCUAAGCCUGCCACCCACAGGGGACCUGAGGCUUCAGCAACCUGUCAGAGUAUCAUCUUGUGGUACUCUGGUCAGACUUAAAGGAGGUAUCCUGACCAUGGCUUUCCUUGACUCCCUUGGGGCGGUCCUCCCCCCUUCCUACGAGCCGUGGUCGGAGCCCAACCCUCAGGACGAGGAGGAGAAGGAGAAGGCGAGGCGGCGCAGGCUGGCCUCUCCACCCCCCACCCAGGAGGGUCGGGACAGCCAGUAUGCGGUGGUGUGUUCAGAGAAACAGGCCAAAGUGGUGGGCCUACCCUCCCAGUCCUGCUUCUUCAAACACAACAUCACAGAGAGCUCCUUUGUGCUGAGAGCUGACGUGGUGCAGAUGGCUGCUGGACUCUGCCUCACCUGCUUCUGUGCUAAUGGACACAUCAUGGCUCUGAGUCUACCCAGUCUCAGACCACUCCUGGAUGUGAACUACCUUCCCCUGACAGACAUGAGGAUAGCCCGGACCUUCUGCUUCUCCAACCUGGGCCAGGCCAUGUACCUCACCUCCCCCACCGAGAUACAGAGAAUCACAUACAGCCAGGAGACCUGCGACAAUCUACAGGAAAUGAUGGGAGAGUUGUUUACACCGAUAGAGACACCUGAGGCUCCUAACAGAGGUUUCUUCAAGGGCCUGUUUGGGGGAGGGGCUCAGUCCCUGGAUAGAGAAGACCUGUUUGGUGAGACGGCAGCGGGAAAGGCGUCUCGUAGCCUGGCGCAGCACAUUCCUGGGCCCCAGGGCAUGGAGGGCAUGAAGGGGGCAGCCUCGGGAGUGGUGGGAGACCUGGCCCGUGCCCGGAUAGCCCUGGACGAGAGGGGGCAGAAACUGGGCGAGCUGGAGGACAGAACCGCAGCUAUGAUGGCCAGCGCUGACUCCUUCUCUAAACACGCUCAUGAUAUGAUGCUGAAGUACAAAGAUAAGAAGUGGUAUCAGCUUUGAUUGCAGCGAGAGGAGACAGUGGGCCUCAGUUCUCUGCUCACACCUCUUCAUCUACAGGAGAUGCAGCUCCUCCUCUUCUUCAUCUCUCUGCAGGAGGAAGUGUUAUCUAACAGACUGAUGCCUUCCUCCUAGCAGCACAAUAAAACACUCUGCAUUACCUCAGUCACCUGGUUACCAAUGAAGAGGAGUAGACUAACAGACAGACAGACUUAGAAGGAACAGAGGAGGAAAGUUAUUCUGGAUGUUUCUAUGUCAUCUGAAAGAGAUUAUGUUCAUUUCCUUAACACACCACAGGGGAGCCUAAAUGUAUGGGUGCUGCUCCUGGGUUUUAUCAGUCAUGUUCUCAGCUGCUUUGUUGUCCACGAGGUAAGACAAUUCUACUCAAAAUGAGCACUGUUAGUAGGUUGCCUGUGAUUACCUGUGCAGUGUCCAGGUGAGGUGAUGCCUGCUCUUCAGUGUCAACCAAUCGCAAUGGACCUCUAAGGGGAGUCCCCUGUGUGUGGAGGAAGCUCCAUGGAAACCACAGUCAGUGGCACCAGCGCUCUGCUCUUGAAGUCUCAAUAUCUAUAGCAAUGUUGAUGAAAGGAUGAAUCAGUGAUUGAUUCACCCCCUCUGUGUUUCGUCUCAAGUCAUUCCUUUUUUUCCUAAUGAUUUGUCGUCUUUCAUGUGAGUCAUUAUUUGAGACAGUUUGUUUUUCAGGAGUCCAUCCACUCACUUAAUUAACCAUGAGUUUAUUGAUAGGUCCUUAUCACACCAUCAAUAUUAACCUAUAUUUUCUCCUACUUAUAGUAGGCCUGGUUAUACUUAUUAUCAGGGUUUGUUUUCCUAUCAGAUUUGUUUUGAAGCAGGAAGUCAUACUAUACAGUUCCCAUGUUUGUUUACUGAAAGGUAAAAGUUGAACUGGUUAUGGAGAGUGAGUUAUCAGCUGUUGCGUGUGCCGAGUGAAAAUAUUACAGGCUCUUACUGAACCCACUAGACAAAAUGAAGUCUACAUUAAUAUGACCAAAACGUGAAGGAUUAGUAUGUUGAAAACACUUUGCAGUUAUAUCGUACUAAAGAGGUAUGGCCUUAGAAUGACGUCAGUGCCAGCUUUGUAUUUUUGCUCUGGGUUCUUGAUUGGCUGAGAGAUAAGAGUUGAGAGUUAUGUACAACCGAAUAGGGUGAAGUUGCCCCCUAGAUGCUGAUCUUAGAUCUGUUUAGCGUUUUCCUCACUAAUGGUUAGGGGAUAGGAUUGUGGGAGGGGAUUCUAGCUAAUCCUAAAUCUGUACCUAGGGGAUACCGAAAGGCCUACAACUCUUCCUCAACAUACUACACAAUGUGGUAAUAUUGCGGUACUGCAUACAGGUUGGAGUCUUCUCGCAACCCUUUGCGAUACUGAUUCUAAUCGGACAAUUUGAUUCAUACCACUCAUGGCUUAUUCAUUUUAAAUCGUUUUUAAUGUUUAGAAAAGAAAGCAUGUCUGUUCCAUCACAAGGAUACAGAUAUAAGCUAGCUGUCUUUGCAUUCGUAGCGUCAGUAGAAGAUGUGACCAGGUGUCACUUGAUGUGCGGUAAAACAUUCUUUGGUCAUUAUUCUCUGAAUCGACCGCUAUUUUACAGACAACUCUCUUCCGCCUCUGUUUAUCAUGACGCGUAUAUGCUAACCUCUACCUAUGUAUGUGUAUAUCUGUGUGUUUGUGAACGUACAUAUAUUCAGAUAUAUGUAUGGGCACAUUUAUACUUACAGUAUAUAUUUUUCCCUAAUGGUGUUUUUCAGCGUGAUUUUCUUUUUAGCCCCGUGCAAGGAGAUGCUGCCAUUUGAGUUGAAGUAGACGCGUUUAUUUUAUGUUCUUGAUUCCAAAUAAGAGACUACAGAUUGUUUUCACCCCCGCCAAAAGCUGUAAAUAAAUGAGUAGUGUGACAAGACAACUGGAGACAAAUCUGAUAGUGUUGGUUCCUUUGAAAAUGACAGGGUCUGUCCCAAAUGGCACCAUAUUCAAAAGUAGUGCACCACAUAGGGAAAAGGGUUGCCAUUUGGGACUCAGAGAGACAGGUCAGCAGCCAUUUUAUUUUCUGACACCAAAGAGUUGAAUUAUACACUGUUGUCUUGUCUGUCCAAACUCCCAACAGUCUGGAUGUGAUAACUAUAGACCAUACUGUUUGGAACAUGGUGGAACAGCUUCUCCAUGCUUGUCACUCCCUGACCUUGUAACUUGCCACAUUACAUCAUGUACCUGUGUGCAGAAGACCCAGAAAAAGUAGAUUUUCUUUUGACCGGGUGUGUUAUUUCUCGUACUACUGAGCUAUAUAUAUUGUAAAGAGCUGUCGUGUGGUUUUGCACUGUUUCGCACCUUGAACCACUUGUUUUGUUUGUAUUUUUUCUUGUUCAUUUCUCUGAGGGACCAAAAUAUGGGAACGUUAACUGUCAUUUCCCAGUAAUAUACAGACUUGCUUCACUUUUGGAUUUGUUUUCAUUGCCAGUUAAUGAUGUUCUAAUAGAUUUAUAUAUUUGAAAAAUAUUAUUUUAAUUUCAAUAUAUUCCAUAUGAAUACUUUUCAUAUAAUUUAAGAAGAAUAGAAUGGUGCAUUUUAAGACUACACAUUUUUCUCCAAAACAAUGGUUGUAUAUAUUGCCCAAUAUUCAAACAUGAAAAUAAACAUUUCUGGUGAUCUAUUAAA